AUGUCAAAAGUUGUUAAGUCUGUUUAUAAAAUGGUCGAGGGUAUGGUAAGAUUACCAGAUACACCUGAAAAACCUUCUUCUUCUGCGAUGAAAUCUAAUCAACCAUCGCCUAUUAAAGAGGAAAUGAUUUAG